AUAAAUAAAAUUAGAAAAUUCGCAACAGGUAAUGGCAUUGAGGUAAUAUAAGGCCGAAGACAAGCCCGUUUAUGCGCCCUCCUCCGGCAUCGUGCUGCUAUAAAUUGAAGGCUAAACAGAUCGCCGACGAAGGGACCGUAGCUUUCGCUCGACGCCGAUGAGAUAGAAAAGGCAGGAGGGGAAGAUAACGGCGUUAAAUCAGUGGGUGUAUUAUGAUGCUCGGAGGUGGUGGCGGUGAUGACCCCUUCGGCUGCCGGAUGGCGAUGCUGGCGGUCGGAUUCCAGCCUAAUCCGCCGGCGGCGGAGAUGCUCAGCACGAGCGGUGGAGGGGCGAGAAGGAUGAGUUAUCCGUCGAGGGGGAAGGAGGAUAGGGUUCUGCAAUGGAGUCAGCAGGAGACGCGGGAUUUGAUCGCCGUCAGGGCGAAGCUGGAGCAGGGCUUCCCAGCGGCGCGAGGAAACAAGGCGCUGUGGGAGGCGGUGGCCGCCGCGAUGAGGGAGCGAGGGCACUUUAGAACGCCGGAUCAGUGCAAGUGCAAGUGGAAGAACCUCACCAAUCGAUACAAGACAGCCAAUCCCGAGGCCCGUCAUCAGCAAUGCCCUUUCUACGACGAGCUACAUGCCGUGUUCGCGGAGCAGGCCAAGAACACGCGGCGGCUCCUCGACGAGUCUGAGUCCGGCGCCUCCCAAACAAACAAGAGACUCAAGAAGGUGACAGGAGAGCGAUUCCUCGACGAAUUAUCCGGCGAGGGCGAAAACGAAAACAGCAGCGACGGCGAACGCCUUCCGAAGAGGGAAAGGAAGAAGUCCGGAAGAAGAGCGGCAGCCCGGAAGCCGCUGGAUAAAGCCGGAGCGGCCCGCCUCGAGGAGGUCCUUCGGGAGCUGCUGCAGCAGCAGCGUCGGAUGGAUGCGGAGUGGCUGGCGGCGGCCAAGCGGCGGGCGGAGGAGAGGCGGGCGAUGGAGCAGGAGUUGCGGGAGGCGAUAGGGAGGCUAGAGAGGGAGCGGGUGAUGCUGGAGACGGCGCAGCGGGAGCGGGAGGAGCAGAGAAGGGCGAGGGAGGAGAGUCGGGCGGAGAAGCGGGAGGCAUUGCUCGCUUCUCUGCUCGAUAAGCUCGUCAAGAACGACGAUUGAUCGGCAAAAAGUUGACUAAUUUUUAAAAAUACAAUAAAAAGAUGAAAUUAC